AUGUGCAGACAAGUCCUCGUCCGUCCCGAAGAUGCAAACCUGCAAAGAAUUGUGUGGAGAGAGAACAGCAACGAACCAAUCAAGCAUUUCAUGUUGCGUACCGUUACCUAUGGUACUGCAGCUGCCUCCUUUCAAGCCACCAGGGCCCUACAAGAAGUUGGACAACUCAAGAAAGAAGAGUUACCAAAAGCUGCUGCCGUCAUUUGCCGCGACUUCUAUAUGGAUGACCUCAUCAGUGGAGAUGCGAAUGAAGAAGAUGCACUCAUCACUCAAUCUCAACUCCUCGAGGCUAUGGAAUCAGGCGGAUUCAAACUCCGCAAAUGGUCCUCAAAUUGUGAAACCCUGCUCAACGCACUACCCGAAGACCUACGAGAGUCAAAGUCAACUCUGCCCCUUGACGUGGAUCCCACUAUCAAGACGCUGGGAAUCUGCUGGAACCCCAAAGAAGAUGUCUUUGUAUUCAAGAUACAACCCCCUGCCCACGACGAUACACCUCUAACAAAGAGGAAAGUUCUCUCAGAACUCGCCAAAAUAUUUGACCCUCCCGGCUGGUUAUCACCCGUCAUCAUCAACGCUAAACUACUGAUGCAAUCCCUUCACACUCUCCAAGUUGGAUGGGAUACUACGCUACCUGAAUCCAUUCAACAACAAUGGAUAUCCCUGGUCCGUGACAUGUCAACCCUAGCAAGACUCCAGUUACCACGACACUAUCUACACGACUCCACGAUCGCCAGUCCCACGCUGGAUGUUCCGGUGGUCACAAAUAUGUCUGGUCUCUGUGGUCAAUCAAGUCAGUUAAACCCCGCGAUCUCCAGUACCAUGCUGGGCGUUCCGGUGGUGGACACUGACUCUUCGAAACAAAGACAUGGUCACACUCUCCGAUCAAGUACUCAUUCCGACGCAUCAGAACGAGCCUACUCAGCCGUGGUCUACCUUUGUGCAUACCAAGAAGAUAAGAUUUCGACAAGUCUCAUCACUUCGAAAACUAGAGUUGCUCCAGUCAAGACCGUUUCUCUUCCCCGACUCGAAUUAUGUGGAGCACUCCUCCUCUCUGAACUCAUGUCGUCAGUCCAAUCAGCCCUUCGGAUUCCACUACAUUCCGUCACAGCUUGGACCGACUCCUCCGUUACCCUCUCGUGGAUUAAGUCACACCCCUCUCGAUGGAAGACCUUUGUUGCAAACCGUCUCACAAAGAUCCAAGCUCUUGUUCCCCUUGAACGCUGGGGUCAUGUCCGCUCCGAGGACAAUCCUGCCGACUGCGCAUCCCGUGGCAUAAGUUCAUCCAAACUUAUCAAUCACUCUCUAUGGUGGAAAGGUCCACACUGGCUCAAGCAUGGAAUUCCAAUUCCACAUGGAGUUAUUGGACCCCAUGAUGAUCAGUGCAAAAAUGAAGAACGGAAUCAAACAAUUUGCCAUGCAGUAAUCUCGUCUCCAAAUCAAGUCCUACUUAACAAGUACUCGUCGUUGGAUAAAUUGCUACGAGUAACAGCAAUUUUACUCCGAUUCGCUACCAAUUGUCGAGCCAAGGUCAGAUCCAGUAACCCGACCAUGCUCCCUCUCACCCCAGUGGAACUCAACCGUUCUCUACUCUGCUGGGUCCGAAUCACUCAAGCUGAAGCAUUCGCAUUGGAGAUUAAAUGCCUGCAACAAGAUAAGAACAUCCCUCUUUCAAGUAAAAUUGUCACCUUGAAACCGUUCAUGGAUCAAGACUCUGUCCUACGUGUUGGUGGUCGCUUACGCCACUCUCUACUGUCCCCAGAAGAGAAGAACCCCAUCCUCCUCCCACGCCACGGAAGACUCGUUGAACUCCUCCUCCUGCGAGAACAUCUCAACCACUUCCAUGCUGGUCCACAACUCAUGAUGUCCAUAAUUCAUCGCCAAUUCUGGAUUAUCCGUGCGAAGGAUGUAAUUCGCCAAUUUGUUAAGAAAUGUGUCACCUGUGCUCGCCACAAGCCAGUCACCCUUCAACCAAUGAUGGGAGACCUCCCUUCCUUCCGCGUGACCCCAAGUCGUCCGUUCCAGAAAACCGGGGUCGACUAUGCAGGUCUCUUCCUAAUCAAACCAAUCCAACCAAGAAGCACUACAACAAUCAAAGCCUACCUUGCCCUCUUCAUAUGCUGCUGUACCCGUGCAGUUCACUUGGAAAUUGUCAGCUCCCUGUCAACUGACGCAUUCCUGGCAGCACUCUGGCGCUUUGUGUCGCGACGUGGACUUCCCUCCGACAUGUACAGCGAUUGUGGCACCAACUUCGUUGGAGCCGACCGAGAACUCAAGGAGAUGCUGACCUUGUUCCUGUCUGCAAAACACAACCAAACCAUAGCCGACCACAUCUCAACCAAGGGGAUUCGAUGGCACUUCAACGUACCAGCAAGUCCUCACUUCGGUGGCCUAUGGGAAGCAGGAGUCAAGAGUGUCAAGUUUCACUUAAAACGAGUGAUUGGAUCUCAACGCCUCACAUUCGACGAAUUUACGACAACAAGUGCGAGAAUCGAAGCAAUACUCAACUCCCGUCCCCUUUGUCCUGAAUCGAGCGAUCCCAGUGAUCUCACUACGUUAACCCCCGGACAUUUCCUUAUUGGUACCGCUCUCACCUCCAUCCCUGAACCACAUCUCCAAGAUUUGCAAAUAAGUCGCCUCUCCCGAUGGCAACUCCUCCAGAGAAUAACUCAAGAUUUCUGGAAGCGGCGGUCUUCCGAAUAUCUCACCAGAAUCCAACAACGACCUAAAUGGAUCUACGGUGACCACAAGAUAUCAAUUGGUGACCUAGUCCUCAUCAAACAUGAAAAUUUACCCCCCAUGCAAUGGCAACUCGGACGAAUCACGCAACUCCACCCUGGACCAGACUCCGUUGUUCGUGUCGCAACAGUGAAGACAGCAACCGGAGAACUUAAGCGUCCCUUGGUGAAGUUGUCCCCACUUCCCAUCACUUCCGAAUCGGAUCAAGCCAUCUCAUCCACACCACAAUAA